AUGGACUCUCUUGAAGCUAGAUUACAAUUCAUUCAGGUCCUGAAGAACCUGCAAAAGACGCUGCACAAGACCAGAGACUCUAUCACAUCAUCGUCGACCACCACACCACCGUCAUCGCAACAAAAGCUGAACAAUGACCCUAUACAGUUCUACUUGAGAAACUACAGACAUCACUACGAGGACUUCCACCAAUGUUUGUUCGAUACAACCAUGAAGAUGGACCCACUAGAUAGACUGGACGUAGUGAUAUACUAUGUUAGAAUAAUAAGAAACUUAUAUCCGCAUAGCCAUUCCAAUACCAAUGUUACAAAAGUGUUAAACGAAGUGCUACUCAUGGACAUAGACUUGGUUUUUGAGCUUUGUCUGCCCUGCCAGGACUGGAAAUCCCUCACGAAUCAAGCCACCUGUAAAGAGCUAUUCCUUGACUUAUCCAAACUAAUCCAUUACGACGCCACCAGCGUCACGCACACACCAUCAGACACCACACUCAUAGACGCUACUACCUGGUACAGUGUCAAGACAGAGAGGACUACAAAGGACUAUAAAGAAUCAUUGCAACGAACGGAGUCUCUGCUUAAGGACAGAGACUUGAAGAAAUUGGCUUUCUUUCAGCAGUUCAAUUCCGAUACAACUGCGAUCAACCCGGACUUACAGACGCAGCCAACCAAUGCAAACAUUUUGUUGCACAGGAUGGAAGCAGACAGGGAACUGCACAAGAGGUCGAAAGAGACAAGUUGGUACAUCGAAAGGCCCUCCAACGAUAUACUGGAUGAAUCCGAAUUUAAAAGCUUGUGGACGCAUUUUGAAACUACUGAUUCCGGAUUUGAUAAGGACGAUUACAAAAAUAUCAAGGCUUUAAAUGACAUUGCGAAGGCAUCUUACAUAUAUUAG